AUCCAUCAAAUGAGCCUUUGAUGAAUCAUAAUAUGGCACUUUUCCAAAACAAUUUUUUUAUUUUUGGGCUCUUUUUUUUUUGCAUAACAACACUGGUUUGUUCAAACACUGCUAGCAGGCAUUACACGCCUCCCACUGUUGCUCCCUUAACCGAUCUUUUUACUCCACUCUCGGUUGAUCAGGGCUUCUCUGCAUUUUUUGGAGGACCAAAUAUCAAGAUCAUCAACAAUGGCUCCAUGGCCUCUAUCGCUCUUGACAAAUCCUCAGGCUCCGGACUGAUCUCCCGGAACGAUUUUCACUAUGGAUUCUUCAGUGCCGCGAUAAAAUUGCCGGCUGGUAUCUCCUCAGGAGUUGUACUUGCCUUCUAUCUGUCUAAUGCAGAUAAGUAUCCUCAUAAUCAUGAUGAGAUUGAUAUUGAACUUCUUGGUCACGAUAAGAGAAACAACUGGGUUCUGCAAACAAAUAUUUACGCUAAUGGAGGUGUUAGUACAGGAAGAGAAGAGAAAUUCUAUUUUUGGUUCGACCCAACGGCGCAACACCAUUAUUAUAGCAUUAUCUGGAACACUCAUCAUGUAGUGUUUCUGGUGGACAGUAUACCAGUAAGAGAAUUCCCCAACAGGGGCGCCUUCUCUUCUGUGUACCCUUCAAAGCCAAUGUCAGUUUACGUGACAAUAUGGGACGGAUCAGAUUGGGCGACUCAUGGAGGAAAAUACCCGAUUAAUUAUAAGUAUGCGCCGUUUGUUGCUUCAUUGGCGGAAAUGGAAAUGAGUGGCUGCAUGUCGAAUGAAACGGUUCUCCCAAAUUCUAUUUCGUGUUCGAAGGCUAGUCAUUCAAGUAGUUCAAGGUCCGACCCGGUUUAUGGACAAGAAUUUAUCUCGCUAUCGAAGCAACAAAUUACAGCAUUGGAUUGGGCAAGAAGCAAGCAUAUGUUUUACUCGUAUUGUAAGGAUACAUCCAGGUUCAAAGUCAUGCCAUCAGAGUGCAAAUAAACUGAGAGAAAGACUUCACUUUUUCAUUUUUAAUUUCAUAUACUUAGAUUUUUCCUUCUUGCAAGGAGAAAAUGAAACCUAUUAAACGAUUUUAUUGUAAUAUUGUAUCAUGUGAAAUGUUAAUAA